AGUCGCCAUUUUGUCGGGUAGUCAUCGGGAUCGCCGUGUGUCUCUCUCAUCCCGGGUUAUUUCGUCCGUAUUUCGUCCGGACGGGGAUUGGAACGCCGUUGGACUCGGGUACGCGCUGCCCUGCUCGCACGUUACACCGCAAAUGGCUUGUCUGAACACUCUCAAGCAGGAAAUCAAAACGCUCGAAUCCGUCUUCCCCAAGAGCCAUGAGAGGUUUCAGAUAAUGUCUGCGAGCGUGGACGAGCUCAGCUGCAGAUUCGUCGGUAAAAAUGGGAAGAAGUACGAAAUACACGCCAAUAUCACAGAAACUUAUCCUUCUACACCGCCAGUUUGGUUUGCCGAAUCGGAGGAGACUAGUGUUACGAACGCUGUACAAAUUUUAAGUAACACAACGGGACGUGACAACCACGUGAUCAACCAAGUUGGAAUCCUCCUGAAAGAACUGUGCAGACUACACUCGUUACCAGAACCGCCAGACGUGGAGAGACUCAGAACCGCUUUGGACCCUUUACGUCUAGGAGUCUCAAAUGAAGCCGUGGCACAAAGGAUGGACGCGGAGGACAUAGACGAUAUCGAUGAGGAUGAAGAGAGCGAGACUGAGGAGGACCUCCAUCUAGACAUGGACGAAGGAGACGCUAACUCUAAGAAUAAGGGCGAAGAAAUGGAUUUGGAACAUCUUGCGACACUGGAAAGGUUGAGACAGAAUCAGAGACAAGACUAUUUAAAAGGAUCUGUUUGCGGAAGUGUGCAAGCCACCGAUAGACUCAUGAAAGAACUACGUGAUAUAUACCGAAGUGACAGCUUUAAAAAAGGAAUGUAUAGCAUAGAACUAGUAAAUGACAGUUUGUACGAAUGGAAUAUCAGGUUGAUGUGCGUAGAUCCUGAUUCACCACUUCAUAGCGAUCUCAUUCUUCUGAAAGAGAAAGAAGGCAAAGACAGUAUUCUCCUCAACAUGCUUUUUAAGGAAACUUACCCGUUCGAACCUCCGUUUGUGAGAGUCGUACAUCCCAUUAUUUCCGGUGGUUAUGUCCUUGUGGGAGGUGCGAUUUGCAUGGAACUCCUCACGAAACAGGGAUGGAGUUCGGCGUAUACAGUGGAAGCUGUUAUAAUGCAGAUAUCGGCAACUUUGGUGAAGGGAAAAGCACGUAUACAGUUUCAAGGAUCAGGUGGUGCCGGUAAAGUGUGUGGUGGACAAGGCCAGUACAGUUUGGCACGUGCCCAACAGUCAUUCAAGUCCCUUGUACAAAUACAUGAAAAGAAUGGUUGGUUUACACCCCCCAAGGAGGAUGGCUAAUGAACAGCAUUCACCAAGUAUCGAAAAUACGACACGUGCUUACAGCUGAGACUUUAAUUCGGUGUGUGCCCAACAAGUAACUGUUAUGAUAAUGAUUUGAUACACAAACACAACAGUAACUAGGUAACUUAAGAUACUGAAUUAAUCUAAACGUGUAAUAUUCCUUUGAUGGCUAAAAAGGCUGCCGUGCACUUUGGUUCCGUAUUCAUAUAUUUUCGAUCAUUAGCCAUUAGAUUAGCAAAUCGUAUUGGACGUGAGGUAUCAUUUUCACACGCAGAAGUGAUUCUUAUGUUUUCAGAUUUCCCCUCCCCAAUAUCACAAUGCGAUAUAGUAAUUUUAAUAUUCCUUCAAAAUAUCAUAUGUUGUACGUGCGAAACAGUAUAAAUAUUCUGAAAAAUUGCGUUUGCGCAAUCGUGCUUCCUGCCUUUUCAAACGGGAGGAGAUUAUAAUUAGCAUUUUAGAUUGAUAAUACUGCAGAGAUUUUUUAAUGUUUUUCUUUUAUUAUUUAAUUAUUGUAAGUAUUACUUUCGUUUUUUCUAAAAAUGAUUCUUCCCUGUGCAAUCCCGUGACAACGUUAUUUACGAAUAUACGUAAACGACUAAAAGCAUAAAUGACGAAAAUGAGGUAUAGUGAAAAUGCAUCUCUUCAAGAAAAAUGGAUAUCACUUUUAUUUUUAAAGUCCUUUUAUCAAAUAUUUCGCAAGUGAUAUCCAAAUUAUGCGAGCGCACAACCAAAGCAUUUCUCAACAAACUCUUUUGAAAGAAAAUGUCCAAGUAGACUGUAAAAGCGUAGAGUUUUUUCUUUUUGACACACAUGUCGGGAGGCUCUAGAGAGUACGAUCGAAGUAUCAUAAAGUUAUUCACAAACUUUUCAGACUCGCUCGAUUAAAUGUGUUUUUUAAAGCUAAUUUUCUCUACAUCAACAUUACUCAAGUCAGAGGUUUGACACGUGAAGCGAUAUUUUUUUACAUUCGGCAAAUAGUAUAUCGUAGCAUUGUUAAAUUAGAUGAGACGUAGAGCCUUGCAAUGCUUUUAUCGUACACACCAUGAUAAUUAAUGUGGAUGUUCAUCUUUGGUGUAGAAAAUAAGGGUAAAGCAAAUACUAAUAUAUAAGUGCUCUAGAAAUAUAUCUUUUUUUUUCCUCUUAACGUAGUAAACAUUCCAAAAGUUUGCGUUAAAUUUUUGCUUUGCAAUAAAGUUGGGAUAACUUAUAGCUUUCUAUAACAUAUGUUAUAUGUUAAUAAGAAUUCGGAAACUGUAUAGAUGUACAUAAUAAUGUAAGUACUCUUUAGAGUCUUUUUAUCGAAGGACAUAAAUGCAAUAGAGAGGAGUUUAAAGGUUCUGGUUGUGUGUUUCAUCGAAAUCAAUGAUUUAGGUUCUUUAUCAUUUCCUGUACGACACAAUUAUCACUACUGUAAGGCGUUUUGUUCAUACGCAAACUGUUAAUAAGAGAUGCGCAUGAUAAAUCCUUAUUUGAAAGAAUUAAUUCUCAUGUACAAAUUUGUUUUUGAAGAAUUGUCAGAUCGGUGCAAAUAUUAGACUUUUUCACACAGUUACAGUACAGUUAAUAGAGAGAAUUUCUCUUCGAGGAGCUAAUUUUGUGAAUAUGCUAAUAAUCAGCUAUCGUUUGUACGAGGAGUAAAUGGCCAAAGGUGUUAUGUAUACGCUUCUAAAGCGGAUUUGUCCAUUAGAAUUAAUAACGGAUUUUCGUGAUGUAUUUGUAACUUUAGUGAUUCUAAUUUUCAUUAUACCAAUCAUACAUGAAAAAUGUCCAAAUGCCCAUUUUCACAAAAAUCGUCUUGUAUCUGCUAUUGUUGAAUACAUUUUUUUUACAUUAUGGCAAGUUGCGCAAAGUUAAGUUAAUGAGAACGUCAAUUGAUAAUCGCUUCAAUAUUACUCGAAUUUAUAUUGCAUUUCUAGACAUUUAUGCAAUUUGUUUCGUACAUACAUACAUAUAUACUUACAUAAACACACUCUUGAUCACAUACACGCGCGCAUACGUAUACAUAUACACGUACAUACAUACAUAUGCAUAUGCAUUCUGUUCCUUAUGCUUCAUCUUCCUACGUAAUUUCGAAGUUUUUGUAACUACCAUGUUCAUAAGUAGGAGCAAUUGUAAUAAUUCUAUAAGGAUGAAAACUUUUUUAAUUUGUGUUGUGUGUGUGUAAGUAUCGAACAUAACAACAACAACAGUCUGAUCAAACGUUAAUUGUACUUCAGGGAUUUUUCGUUUCAAGUAUCAUUAUUUUGAUAUGUUAAUAAUAUUACUAGAAUAUGCGUCUGAGAAUUAUUAUUGCAUUUGCUCUCGUUAAGAUAAAUGGAUAUACCUGAACGCCUAUUAAUCGUACGGAGAUGGAGCAGUACAUAUGUUAUUGGCAAUAACGCAUGUACAAUGUAUUAGUACACGUGACUAUCGGUAUAACUGAAUCGAGUAGCGUGGGUCACUAGUUUCGUUCGUGGUACAGUUAAAACUUAUUUGUGAGCGAAUCAUAUAAGCACACACAUACGCACGUACACAGUGAUAUGUGUGUAUCGUCACGUAAACGAUAGAUUUUUAAGUGUAGGUGUGCGAUCAUCAAGCUCGUUGUCAGUGGGUACUACGAUUUGUACAGCCGCGCCCGUUUGACACCGAGCCCAGUUGUUCGACGUCGUUAAAUGUUAUGUUCUUUGCCAAAACCUUCUUCGUGUCGUCUGUUAAGUUUUUCUUUUGUAAUGUAAUCGUAUAUUUUUUUGCGCGCGGGAGCAACGUGACAUGUAUAUUUUUGCUACAAAUAUCGUUAAGGCUCUUUAUUUUCUUACAACAUUCGACCCUUGCCGAUAUUCGACGUGACGAUAUCAGAAAUCUCAGAGCCUCGUGUAAGGUCGACAUGUUGCAUGCAAUUAGUUCGAAUUAAUUAAUUACGUUUAAUUUAAUGAACAAGAUAUUCCGACUUAACGGACGAGAGAGAUGCGUAAUGAGAUAAGAAAAUCGUUCUGUGCGAUUCCGUGUCGAGCUUCGUUCCGGAUUAUUAUUAUUAUAAACGUCCUACUUUCUUAUUUUAUUUCGAUGAAAAAAUGUGCGCUCCGAAAGCCACAAGUGGAAGCUUGAAUUGAACCGGAUGUUACAUAAUUGUGCGAAAUACAUUUCUCAAAUCUCUCGUAGAUUACGUGCAGUGAUAGGCGUCAAAUUUUCGACGUUAUAUUCGAAGCGAUCUUUCUAUUUGAAGACUGAUAUAAACGGAACUUAAACGUUCUUUUCUUCCACGUUACAUUUACGAAAUGUGUCUUUCACGCGAGACUUCGAUUCGUGAGCACGGGAAUAAAGAAAAGGUACUUGAGAAAUCUUUCUGCGUCGAAUGGGGCUUUCUAUGCAUUCUCGAAUGUGUAAAACACUUGGGGAAUGCAUCAAAUGAAAUAUCGAUUCUUAAGAUUUUUUCUACCAAGGCAAGUCCUUUAAUUGGGAAGAUAGACUCGAUCACAAAGUGUAUUUGUGGCAAAAAUAGUCGUUUAAAGUCUCUUCUAAUUCAUUUGUUCACUUUUCACGUUUUUUUUUUACUAUUACUGUGGAUAUCCAUUAAGUGAAUACGAAUUGAUCGAUUGACGUAAUGACGAAAUGUUUCUUUUUGUUUAAAGGGAGAGCACCCGGUUCACGCGGAACACGAAUAAGUGACCGAAACCCGAUAGAUAGAGCAAUGAUAUAAGCAUAGACGGAAAUCGUUACACCUGGUACCUGGUCAUCGAAACGAUAUUCCAAUCAAGAUAAAACGACAACUAAACGAAUCCCCGUUUCGCUUGAACCGUGGUAUUUUAAUCGUAUCGGUUUGAUACUCGGGACAUAACUUGGCUUUGUGUAUCGUGUUAAGUAAUAUGAUAUGACUUAACUCUCAUAUUAUAACAAUUUCUGACGAGGGUAUAGACUUCCGGAUCGAAGCAGCGUGCAUACAUCGUACACGUCGGGAGUGGAGUGCGAUCAAAAUUCAUUUUCUCGCGUCUUUUUCGUUGCAGCUUGUCGCGCGUAUUCAUCCCCUCGCCCCCCUUCCCGCGAACAUUUUUAUCAAGUAUUCGUGAUUCCUCCGCGACGUGGGCGAUGUUCUACGAGUCUAAACCCAUAAGUUAAACUUACGUCUCUACUCUGUCUGCGUACCUACUUGCGUAAUUAACUCAUCAGUCAAACUGUGCGAUCGAUUAAUCCUUUUGUUAAUCGGUCGCGUCGUCUCAUUCAUGUCAAUCUAUAAUCUUAAGAUUAGUCUCUACUAUCCUAAAUCUGCUCCACUUGUAUAUCGUACCAUUACCGAUUUGAGUGAAAGUUUCCAUAAUUCUAAUAUAUCGAGCAUUAUACUUUCUCUCUUUCUUUCUCUCACACCACAAUUUCACGUUAAGUUACGUUAAUUAUUGUUUAAGAGAAACGCUACGAAACACAGAAAAUAAAGAUUUUAAUAAAAAACU